AGACCGCCAGGUUUCAGUAUUGGUCAGCUCGCAGUGGCUGGGUGCAUUAGGCCUUCAUUUAGCCCAACGCAAACAAUCCCGACCAACCCCACCAUCGCGAGGCCCACUCCGUUGCCUCAGACCUUCAGCCCAGCCUGCCAGGCAUCUUUUUUUGCCUUCAAUCCAUCUACCACUACCCCUCCUUGCGAAUUAUUCCCUUUUCCUUCAGUCCUCCAGUUCCGAGCGUAUCCGUCAUCUACAACUUCAGUUAUCGGUCAUUUGCAGGCUGAAAACGAUACACAGCUGGCAUUUUGCAAGUCACAGCAAACCUGACCUGUGAUUGACUGAUAUCAGUUGAAUUUUCUCUUUGGCUCGCAGCCGGACACAUCCGUAUCUGGGGUGUCUCGACUUCAACCAAGACCAACCAUGUCCUAUACAUACCGGGAACGAGACCGUGAAUGGGACGACUAUUCGCGGCCAUCUGACCGUAGCUACAAAGUGAAACGCUAUGUCGUUUCUCAUGAUGACAACCGUGAGCGGGAGCGCGACUUCUUUCGUCGCGAGGAUUCGGGUACAGCCGAUCGAGAAUUGGUGAUUCGGCGAAGGACUGAACCAUACGAGACUGACUACGAGGUUCGGCGUGAGUAUCGAACGGAACGUGACUACGAACCUCGAUCAAUUCAUGAACCUGAGUAUCAAGUGGUUCAUCGAUCUGAAGCGAGCGAACGGGAUCCCCGUGAUGUUGAGUACUACUACCAGCGGCGCGUUCGCGAAUAUGACGACGACCGCGAGCGUGUUAGGCGAGAGCUCAGCCCCCACGACUCUGUCUCUCAAGUUGGUAGUCGAAGACAUCGUGAUCGCGAUCGCGAUCGCGACUAUAGCAGUGACGACAGCAUGGUCUAUAUCCGCAAAGAAACCCGUGAAUACGACGGCGAGCCUCAUCAUCACAAGCGCCAUCUUGCCGAGGGAGCUCUUCUUGGAGUAGGAGCAAUGGAACUGUUACGUCACCGUAGCAAGAGUCAAGGCCGUCCAGUUUCAGGCGCCCUCGGCCAUGUUGGCCAGGGAGUCGGUGCAGCUGCACUAGGUGCCGUCGCAGCCAAUGCUAUCGAACAUUAUCGCAGCAAAAGUCGUCGACGCUCUUCAUCCGUCGACGACGAUAGAAGCUCUCGCCAUUACCAUCACGGCCAUCGUUCUGGACAUCGCAGCCGCAGCCGCAGCCGUUCGUCGUCGCAUUCAAGAGCCAAAACUCUCGCUGGAAUCGGCCUCGGUGCCGCAGCAAUAGCAGGUGCUGUUGCUUUAGCCCGUCAAAAGUCCCAAAGCAACAAAGACAGAAGGAGCCGAUCACGUCAUAGACGUAGUUCGCAGUCUCGUGGCGAUGAUGUGCGAAGUACAUCCAAGAGCCGAAAUCAGCACAUUGCAGCAGCAGGGCUUGCCGGUGCUGCUGCUGCUGGCAUCAUCGAAAAAGUACGCAGCCGGUCACGCUCACGUAAGGGCGAACACAGAUCUAGAAGCCGACUUAGACAGAGCUUGCCAAUCGUCGCCGCGGGCCUUGGAAGUGCUGCAGUUGCAGGUCUUUAUGAAAACAGAAAGGCCAAAAAGGAGCAGGACGGGGCGAGUGAACGACAACUUUCACGUUCGAGAAGCCGUGGUAGAGGUGCCAUCUUACCAGAUCCUGGAAAAGAGUCAACUAGUCUCAUCGAGUAUGGUCAGGAUCCAGUUUAUGGCAAUAUUCCUGCAGCGGAUUAUUACGGUCGGCCGAUCAGCUCACAAGGGUAUUAUCCUGAUGCAGUCGUUCCCGCGGGCACGAGCCGUAACCGCAGCCAAAGUCGUGGAUAUAGCCCUUCUGAUACCGAUUCCGACCGAAGUCAUCGCCGACGACAUCGUAGACGCGAAAAAAAGGAACGAAGCGGCAGUCGUAUUCGUGAUUUCGCCGAGGCCGGGCUCGCAGCAGCGGGCCUAGGAUACGCGGCUUCCAAGAUUUCAGGUGGGAAAAAGGAUCGCAAGGAUAGAGAGCACCGGAGUCACUCUCGGGAAAGGCGAGGUAGACGUGAUAAUGAUGGAGACCAUGAUUCUUAUGAAGAGCCGUACGACCCAGCUCCAUACAUUCCGUCUCCUCCUCCAGCAGGACCAGCGCCAGCCGUAGACAAUUAUUAUCCAUAUACCAACAGCUUCCCGCCGCCUCCAGGAGUUACUCCCAACCCACCACCUAUGUCGUAUCCCGCGGCAGAAUAUCCACCUCCUGGAACAACAUCAGCACCACCGCCACAAGGUUAUCCUCCUCCCCCUGGACCGCCUCCUACCAACGAACCGUACGCGCCACAACCGCGUCGGGCUGAUGAGAACGUGAGUGCCCCUUUUCUUGACGCGCAUCACAGACCAGAUGGUUUAAUGGGAGAUGGAAGCUCAAGACGCCGAUCUGUUAGUCGGCCUGAAUCACCACCACAACAAAAAUCAGUUUCCUUUGAUUUGAAUGAUCAAGAAAGAUCGAAUAUGAAAGCACGAAUACCUAGCGAUGAAACUGCGGAGAAGGGAUACGAGACGGACGAUAGCGACUCGACAAUUGAUGGCCUGGACCAUGGCCGAUACUCUCAUCACCAUCGACCCCGACACCCUUCAGCUCCAUAUGGACGCACCAGUGCGGUGCCGAAUAAUGCUUCUUCUACUCAUAAUGGCAACGCCAACCCACCGCCUAAACCACACCCUUUGAAUGUUGCUCGGGAUUCGGACUCUGAAUCUACAAUUGAACUGCCAGAUCGAUUCGAUACCGAAGGACGGAGGCUUCCCGAGAAGGGAGACGAUCCACUCGCCGAUAGGGUGGACGAUCUUUUACGAAAUGUUUUCUCAAACGACAAUGCUCGACCUCGUCCGACAAGUAGAGUCCGGUGAUUUUCUUGAUAUUUUUAUUUUGCUGCAUUUGAGUCUUUAUUCCUCGUUAUUUGUUUAGUUUUAUGUACUCUUUUCUUUUAACGGCCUUGCUAUUAUUAUGAGUGAACGAUGAAUGACGAGCUUGUAAUGAUGUAUGCGGAUUAGUAUGGGAGGAUAAUUUGAUAUUUGUUCAAUUUAAUGAUUAUGACUUCACGUGCUAGAUUAUACGUUCAAUGUUACUUUUAACCAAAAAAAUAUGGCAUGUACCUACGUCAAUGAAAUCAGUACUACAUGUUACGGCCAAACUUGAUCGCAGUCAGCAUUGUUCUUUUU